GGGCGGGCUGCCGGGCCGAGGGAGGAGGGUCUGACAGUUGGCGCCGCCGGGAAACUGGGCGGGCGGCGCGAGUGGGCGCGGGCCCGGAGGGCCAGAAAUUCAGCACUGGAGAUGGGCUUUUAAUGAUGGAGAGAGGAAAUUGAAUCCAGCAGGGAAUUCUGCAGCUAUAGUGGGAAGAUUCCAGGACUUAAAGGCUUCUAGCUCCAGGGAACAGCGUCACGGCCAGGGAGACAAUGGUCUCAGUGACAAUGGCCACUUCUGAGUGGAUCCAGUUCUUUAAGGAAGCCGGCAUUCCUCCAGGACCUGCUGUCAAUUACGCCGUGAUGUUUGUGGAUAACAGACCCUCCCCUGCAGGAUCCAGAAGAGCAUGCUGCUAGAUCUCAACAAAGAAAUCAUGAACGAGCUCGGGGUGACUGUGGUGGGUGACAUCAUCGCCAUCCUCAAGCAUGCCAAAGUGGUGCACCGCCAGGACAUGUGCAAAGCUGCCACUGAGUCAGUGCCCUGCAGCCCCAGCCCCCUCCCAGGCGAGAUUCGCCGAGGCACGGCUAGCGCCGCCUCCCGAAUGAUCACCAACAGUCUGAACCGCGACUCCCCACCCGGCACUCCCCCCAGGCGGCCGGACACCAGUGCCUCCAAGAUCUCUGUCACUGUGUCCAACAAGAUGGCAGCAAAGAGUGCCAAGGCCGCCGGUGAGAGGACUCGGGCAGCAGCCCUGGCCCGCAGAGAGGAGGAGAGCCUGACUGUUCCUACCAAGCGGCGCCGGGUCACUGCUGAGAUGGAGGGGAAGUACAUUAUCAACAUGCCCAAAGGCACCACCCCCCGGACCCGCAAGAUCCUGGAGCAGCAGCAGGCAGCGAAAGGUCUCCACAGGACAUCCGUGUUUGACCGCCUUGGCGCCGAGACCAAGGCAGACACCACAACGGGGAAUAAGCCCACAGGAGUCUUUAGCCGCCUGGGGGCGACCCCAGAGACGGACGAGGAUCUGGCUUGGGACAGUGACAAUGACAGCAGCAGCUCUGUCCUACAGUAUGCUGGGGUCCUGAAGAAGCUAGGCCGGACCCCAGCCAAAGCCAGUCCCCAGCCCGCACUAACUGUCAAAGCCAAGGCCACAAGCUCGGCGACAACGGUCGCUGCCCCAACACUGCGGCGCCUGGCCCUUUCCUCACGACCUGGGCUUGAGAGGAAGCCGGAGGCCCUAUCCAAAGUCAGCGUCAUCCAGAGACUGGGCAAGACUGCCCUUGUGCCCGAGGCCCAGGACAGCCAGGUCACGAGCACCAAGAGUAAGUCGGCUGAGGUCAAGGUCACCAUUAAGAGGACUCUGGUGGGGCCCCGGGGGAGCAGCUCCAGCGAGGGCCUUGGUGCCCAGAUGGACCACGCGGGCUCUGUGAGCGUGUUCAAAAGACUGGGCCACAGGACCUUCUAGCCCAAGGGCGGGGCACAGGCCCCCGCCCAGACUCCUGGCUCUGUCAGAGUCUUCAGCGAGGGUGCACCACCCCUCUCUGCCGGCUUCUGGAUGACACUGCUUGUCUCCCUCAGACAUUGUGCUGGCCCGAGCUUUCUGGGGAUUCACCCAGUUUUUCUGAGUCUGAGGUGGUCAUCGUGGCCUGGCCUUGCCACUCUGGGACUUUCCCUUCUCUCCUGUCCUCUGUUCCCUCCUCUCUGACCAUGGCCUUGGCAGUACUCACCUGUCUACCUCUCCAAGUGCCAAGUGCCCUUUUCCUCUCCUCCAUCCCCCUUCCUCCCUCAGCAGCAUCUGCUGCCUCAAACCCCAGGCCUCCCUGUCACCCAGAGUGAGUGUCACCUGGAGAGGCUCCCUCGUUCCCCACCCCGCUGACUCCUCCCUUCCCUCCCCUCCCCCC